UACGACGUGUCUAUAUAGUUGCUGUACAAAUUAAGAUGAUAUAUUUAAUGCUGGAGAUAACAAUUGCCUAUAAAUAAUACCUAUUGUGGUAUACUUGCCAGAUUUUCUAGUACCUGUUGGUGUAUUAUACCAGAUUAACAAGAACAAUGAAGGUUUUCCUUGGUUUGGUGCUAGCACUCCCUCUUUGCCUAGCGGCGUUCUCCGCUGAUUGGGAUAACAACUGGGAUAGUGAUUUAAACUUUCAAUGCCCCAGUAACCAAGCCAUCUACAAGAUAGUAUCACAACACGACAAUAGCAAAGAAGACCGCCUCUUUGAAUUCUUUUGCAGAUCAUUUCCUGUAAGCUUUUCAAAAUGUACAUGGACUGGAUACAUUAAUGAUUUUGACCAGCCGUUCAGCGCUACAUGCCCUUACAAUGGCAUUGUUAAUGGUGUUCACAGCUAUCACUCCAACAGCAAAGAGGACAGACGAUGGAAAUUAUACUGUUGCGAAAGUAACAGUUAUUAUACCGUGAACUGUUACGAUACACAAACCAUGCAUAGUUGGGAUGGAUACCACGAAUAUUCAGCUCCAAGUAAUUACUGGAUCCAUGGCGUGGCAGGCCAGCAUUCCAAUAGCAAAGAGGACAGAUUAUGGCAGUACAAUGUAUGUCAAGUACAAACACCUUAAAUCAAUGAUGGACUGACUGUAAAUGCGGACUUUAAACUUUUAUGAUAGUGAAAAACACUUUCUUUAGUAUAAAAAAUUGCCUAAUGAGAAAUAGAAAUUCUUUCAAUAAUUUAUGGUUCUUAUGGAAUCUAAGUAAAUAAUUUACAGAGCUCAGCCCUUCAAAACAUGUACGUUACUAACAUACAUUGAAUAAAGAAGGGCCUAUCAAUCAGUGCCUAAACACAGAGCCUUAGUUUAUCCGAGGCCUAUUCGUAAUAGCAAUUUUGAUUACUUAUUUGAGGAAAUAAUAAAAUUUCGAGAAUUUA